AUGAGCCCUCAUCUUCAGGAGAAAACACUAAAUGAAUUACAGGGCCUAUUCGACAAAGAAGAAGACCCUAAUAAGCUUAACGAAAUCAUGAAUUUAAUUUCUAAAAAGGGGAUUGCUUCUGAUAAUGAAAUAAAGGAAAUUAAUUAUGCUACUUUAGAGGAAGAUUUAUAUCAACAAAUGGGAAUAAUGAAGUUAAAUGAUCUUGACUUUCUACCCAUAGAAGUUGUUCAACGAAAGAUCGAAAACAAACUAGGAAAAAGAGUAAUGGAUAAUAAUGAUGUUGGGGAAGAAAUUAUUAAUGUAAACAAUGUUAUCCAAAGACCUAGGUACCAAGGAGAAGGAAGUUGCACACGACCAAGAUACAUACCAGGGAAGACUACCCGGUUUAGUGUCAAGGUUAUGCCUACUCAUACACCUAAACAAGAAGAAGUGACUCUUGAACCCAUUAGUCAAACUGGUUAUAAACUUAAAUUAGACGGUGUAAGAGAUAGACAGGAUGUUUUAGAUCAAUGGAAGAAGAGUAUGAGUAGUGUACUUAAUUUAAAUACUGAAUGGACUUCAGAAAAUUUCUUAAAUUAUAUAGAACAUAGUCUCUACGGCUGUGUAGAAGAUUGGUACGAUGGAAUAGAUGAAGAAGUAAAGACUGCAUUAAGAGCUAGUGAAUCACCUACAAGAAUAUUUAGGCAGUUAUGUCAAUAUAUUGAGUUAGAGUUCAUUGGUCCUAGAGCCGAUCCUAAUGAGAAACGAAUGGAAUAUCAAAGAAAGUUAAGUAAUUUAUCCAUCUGUAAUAUGAAAUAUGUUGAUGAUUAUAUUAUGGAAUUUGAAACAUAUUAUUAUAAAAUUGGUGAAAAUGAAACAAAUCUUGGAAUGUUCUACGAUAAAUUACCCAGUCCUCUUAAUGAAGAGAUUAGUGAAAAAUAUCAAGAAUGGAGAGAGAAAUUUUUAGCUAGGGAUGCCCUAGGUAAUAGAAUUGAUUUCCUUAGAAAGUGGAUUGAAAAGAAGUGUAGAGAGGUUGCAGGAACUCAACAAAUGAAGAGACAAUUUCUCACUUGUUGGGAUUUCAGCAAAUAA